GAUUGGGGAGAAUGGCUGCCAGUGGAGACGUUGGAAAGCUGUUACAAGUACAGAAUGGGACUCCAGCAAGCUCAAGCUACAAUGGGGUAGAUGCCCUACAUGCCUGUAACAUCCUCCAGCAGCUUAAAGCCUUGUACGACGAAGCUCAGCUGACUGACAUUGUCGUGGAAGUGGACCAUGGCAAGACAUUCUCUUGUCACAGAAAUGUCUUGGCUGCCAUCAGCCCUUACUUCAGAUCCAUGUUCACAAGUGGCCUUACAGAGAGCAGUCAGAGGGAGGUGCGACUUGUUGGAGUGGAGUCAGAGUCAAUGCAUCUUGUUCUGGACUAUGCUUACACCUCACGGGUCACUCUCACUGAGUCUAACGUGCAGGCCCUGUUCACCGCUGCCAGCAUCUUCCAGAUUCCAGCACUCCAAGACCAAUGUGCCCAGUUCAUGAUCAGCCGUUUGGACCCUCAGAACUGCAUUGGGGUCUUUAUGUUUGCUGAUGCCUACGGCCACCAGGAGUUACGGGAGCGCUCGCAGGACUACAUUCGCAAAAAGUUCCUAUGUGUGAUGGGAGAGCAGGAGUUCCUUCAUCUGACCAAAGAGCAGCUGGUCAGUAUUCUAAACAGUGAUGAUUUGAAUGUGGAAAAAGAAGAGCACGUGUAUGAAAGCAUAGUCCAUUGGUUGGAGUAUGACUGCCCUCGCCGGGAGGCAGAUUUAGCUGAGGUUUUUGCUAAAUGCAUCCGCUUGCCCCUCUUGGAUGAGGCCUUUCUGAGCCGUAUACCCCCAGCCUUUGCCCUGGCAUUGUCCAAGGGUCCCUCUGAUAAGGGCCGAUUCAAUGGCACCAAUGGAUGCUCACAGCGGCUGGGUAUGACUGCAUCCGAAAUGGUGAUAUGCUUCGACGCGGCUCACAAGCACUCAGGGAAGAAGCAGACCGUGCCUUGCCUGGACAUUGCUGCUGGGAAAGUGUUUAAGCUGUGCAAGCCACCCAAUGACCUCAGAGAGGUCGGCAUCUUGGUGUCAUCAGAGAACGAUAUCUUCAUCGCUGGAGGCUAUCGGCCAAGCAGUAGCGAGGUGUGCAUUGACCACCGUGCAGAGAGUGACUUCUGGCAGUACGAACAUGCUGGGAACAGGUGGCUUCCACGUUCACCCAUGCUGCGGGCACGCAUCGGCUGCAGGCUAAUGCACUGCUGUGGGAAACUCUUUGCUCUUGGCGGUCGAGUUUAUGAAGGGGAUGGACGAAAUGCUUUAAAAUCUGUUGAGUGCUAUGAUGCUAGAGACAACUGCUGGACAGCAGUCAGUCCCAUGCCUGUGGCCAUGGAGUUUCACAGUGCAGUAGAAUAUAAGGACCGCAUCUAUGUACUGCAAGGAGAAUACUUCUUCUGUUUUGACCCACGCAAAGACUACUGGGGGCAUUUGCCGGCCAUGAAUGUCCCCCGUUCUCAAGGUCUGGCUGCAUUACAUAAACACUGCAUCUACUACAUAGCAGGCAUCUGCAGAAAUCACCAGCGUACGUUCACUGUGGAGGUGUUCGACAUCGAGCAGAACACCUGGCGCCGAAAGAGAGACCUCCCUUUUGACCAAGCAACCAGCCCCUACAUCAAGAUCCUCCUCCUUCAGGGUCAUUUGCAUCUGUUUGUUCGAGCUACACAAGUCAUGGUAGAAGAGCACGUGUUUCGCACCAGCCGCAAGAACUCUCUUUACCAGUAUGAUGAAGAAGCAGACCAUUGGACAAAAGUCUACGAGACGCCGGAUCGCCUCUGGGACCUUGGCCGCCAUUUUGAAUGUGUGGUGGCCAAACUAUACCCUCAGUGUCUUCAGAAAGUGCUGUGAGUGGCAAAAAGAAGAUUGACUCUCGUCAUGCUGUUUGAAACAGCUGAAAAAUAUUUUUGAAGAUGGGAAUGGUGAUUCUGUUCCAUACAUGGUGCUGUCUGUGUCUCCAACACAAGAACUGGAGGGGAAGUCUUAAAAGCGUUAAAGGUUUCAGUCAACAAACUUGAGGGUGCUGUUUGAAAAAGUAAAGAAAACGCAGUACAUUCGACACUGUCGCUUGCUUUACAGUUAGAAAAAAAUGUAUCAUAAGUGCAAUUAUAAUAUUUUUGCUGAUGUUGAGUAAUUUCUGCUCAUAUCUUUAAAGUGUAAGUUGAGAGGUUUUUUUUGUUGUUUUUGCAUGUAAUGUUGAGGGACAGGAACAGUUAAGGACAAGCAGUAAGUCAACAGCAGAAAAAUACAAAUAGUUGAGAAUAAAUGUAUAAAGCUAUAGAUAUUCAUACGGGUAUGAUGAGCUAUUUUGCUCUUUGUUAGUGUGAAUACUGGAUUUUAUUUUCAGAAAUGUCAGGUUUUCUGGAUUAUAAAUGGGUCCUCCAUGCCACCUACAAACAGAUUGUGUGGUUUGCUUGAGAAUUUAGUGAGUAGAGGAUUUUGCUUAGCAAAUUAAUUUGGUUGCCAAGAUCUACAUGUAGGUGGCUGUUAUUUUAAACAAUUCACCCACCCCCACCCUUUUAAGAGUGCGCUAUAUGACAUUACAGCAGUUUUUAAUUUUCAUUUGGAUUCUACUUUUAUGGUGCUUAGUGGAUUCCAGCUCCCUUGUUGAAAUCUUUAUCUUUGCAAUGUCUCAUCACCAGCCAGAUCUUUAGUGAGGUUACAAAAUAAUAUGCAGUCUCCAUAUUGGAGAAGAAAAAGGAUACAAGCUUUGUGUAGCUGAAAUCAAAAGCAGUUUGUUGACAGCCAAAAGAAAUUGGGUAAGGACAGGAGAUGACAUCGAUUAGGUGGAGAUGUUGAUACUUGGCCAAAAUGUGGAUUCUAAAUGUUCCACUACCAUUUAUUGAAAGGCUCUUCAUUGCUUAUCCCAAACAUACGGGUGCAGUUUGAUUAAAAUGCCAAAAUAUGUUCAAGGUGUUCUAGCCUAAAUCCCGUGGCAGCAAUAAUGGGUGUAUCUGUCAAUGUUCCUUAGAUACAGUGCAUUAGAAACUUAAGCGUACCUGCAAUUAAGUUUUCAGUAAUAAUUUCAGAAAAAUGGCCUUUGUUUUGCUUUUGUGGGUAGAGUUAAUUACAGUUGGGAGUCAAUAAGAUGUUUUGCUAGAGAAGUUUCCAGAGAUGUCACAUUGUGUGACUGCCUGUUAAGAAAAAUUCAGGCAUCAGUCCUUGGCUUAGUGAUGGAGAAAGUAAAGCAUAUGUGAAGUCUUAAAGUAGAAAUGGUUUUGCACUGCUUUUGACUUAAGACCUGUUUUGCAAACUAAUCCAGUCCUGUUAAAAAGUUUCCAUGGCGUACUCAACAAUCCCUGUAAAUGAACAGACUUUUUCUGUCCAUCCCCAUCUUUCAGUCUCAUACUAUAGAGAAUUGUUUUUGGUGCUGCUUUUUUGACAAUCUUGUACAGAAUAUACAUUGAUUUUGCAGCCAUUUGUUAAAGGAUUUGUCAUUGCUCUUUACCUCCAAAAAUCAGUCAUAAGUUAUUGUCUCGCAAGAUCUGUUUUGUUAUAUUUCUGGACUCGUGUGUUUUGUUAUAUGGUGGUUCCCUGUGGCACACUGAUUUUGCACUACAUUAUCUCCUCCCUUGAAUUAUUUUCCAUUGUAAAUCUCAGAAUACAGCAUUCUGUUUUCAGACACUGCGACUGAGGACAUAGUAAACGCCACCUUUUAAAUGGGACAGCUGAUGCACUCGCAUUUUGGGUUGUACUCUUUGGCACCUGCAAAUGGAGCCACAUCUGUGGCUUUGGGAUAGGGUGAGGGAUGAGAAAUUUGAUUGGCUUUAGUGCAAUUGCCUGCACGUUCGUUCACACUCAAAUGUUCAGUAGCACGGGAACCAGAAAUGGACUCUUCUCAGGAUUAAUAUUGAUACACAGUACUGUAUUUAAAUGGUUUGAAAUAUGUGUAAUAUACUGUACAAUAUGUUUGCUUUACUUGCACAGUGUUUUUUCUUUUUUGUUUUUUUUUAUAUAAAAGGAUUUCUUUGUCCUUUUUUCCCAACUUGAAAAAUGGAUAGAUUUUUUUUUUUUAUUAUUAUUUUUUUUGGUAUGGGUGUUUUUUUUCUAUUUUUAAUAUGUACUCUUAGGCUUGUUAGAAUUUAUAAUUCUGCUCUGUUAAACUAAUUGUUAAUCACAAACAUGGACAUCAACAAGAAUAUUUUUUUCAUUGUGUUCUUUAGAAUCUUUGUGAUUGCAUCAGUAUUAAAGAACACAAAGCAUUACUGAAUAAGUUAACACAGUGCUAAUUUCCAAAACACCAGUCUGUCUAGUUGUAAAAAAAGCUUUGAUAGAUUUGAUAAAUUAUACAUUUUGUGGUGUUGGCUGCCGCAAGUGUGAACACUAUACAGCCACUUCUUUAAUCUUCCAGCUUGCAGUUAAAUUAUCUACAAAAGAGUGUUUUAAUUUUCUUUGCAUUAUUGUUUUCAUUGUUUCUUUGGUUUGCUUGUAUGUAUGGUGUGAGUUUAGUAAAUAUUAAUUGAUCUCUACUGUGAAAUUCACCUUGCACAUAAUUUGAAAAAUAAACAA